UGGAUCGAUAACUGUAAAGAAGACCACGAUUCGGUGUGUAAUCGCAUUGAAAACCGGGAAGUUUUAGCCGUGCCAGGUAUGAAACUGAUCGACUGCGAAACACUUCAUAUCAAGCCUGCCCACGAAUCCAUGCCGUGGGUUGCGCUGAGCUAUGUAUGGGAUCAAACUAUAACACUAUCACACCAACGUGGCGGCCCUUUGAUCUGGGGAAAUACGUCAGCGUCUGUGAAAGACGCUAUAACUGUCACUCGAGGCCUGGGAUACCGAUAUCUGUGGAUCGACAAAUACUGCAUCGACCAGGAAGAUGAGCGUGAAAUUGAGGAUCAAAUUCGCAGAAUGGACCUAAUAUACAGCAACGCGGAGAUCACCAUUGUAGCUGCAGCUGGUCUUAAUGAAACCUAUGGGCUUCCUGGAGUCGGCCUGGCCGACCGUCUCAAGCAGGAUGUCCUUCGUCUCGGUGACAUCACAGUCAUAAAUACCGGGCCUCAUCCGGCUUGCUACGUGGAGUUGACAUCCAGAUGGUCUACAAGAGGAUGGACGUUCCAAGAAGGCUUGCUCUCCCAGCGACGGAUCAUCUUUACAGAAUAUCAGACGUUCUUCGAGUGU